AUGAACUACACAUUUGUUUCAGAAACGGCUCUAUCGGACCCCAACACGCUGGUGUACCGCGGUGAGCUCGAGUACAGCCUGAGAGACUCGGAGCACCACAAUCCCAACUUCAGCAUCGAGAUCCGCCACAACCACAUUUUCCUGAUCAAUAACCCCCUGUCUGAUGGCAUCAUCUUGCUGAGCGGCAAGUACACCGGGUUCACGCACCGGCAUGUGACGCUCAAAGGUUACGGAGGCAAGUUUAAAGCCGAACGCAUUCCGUUCGGCAAACGAUGGGCGUUCACGGACGGGCUUGGCAAUUGGUACAAUUGGUACCACACGGCGCUGGAGGAUGACAUCAUGACAUUGAAGGAUCAUAAUAAGAGUGUCCUGGCGACGUUCCGCAGGCCGCUGCUCCAUCUGAAGACCGAGGGCCUGCUGAGUGUGUCACCCGACAUUUCUGACUGGAUGCUGGCCAUGGUGCUGGUAACUGCCAAGCUCGUGCUCCGCGGUCUUGUAAACAAACACCCGGCGCUUUUAUCAGCUAGCUCUCCUUAUGCAUAUAUUGUAUCAUUAUCUCAAGAAUUGUUCACCCUGAUGGAGCACAUCCACAAGGCCGAGAAGGCCCAUGCUAAGCUCAUUGCCGACCAGGCUGAGGCCCACCGUCUCUGCAACAAGGCUGCCCCUGAGCGCUGUGCCUAG